AGGUUGAAACAAUUAUUUAGAUUUUAAUUAUAAAGUGAAUGAUAGUCAUAUUAAUAUCAAAUUAAUAAUAAUGAAUAUAUUGAUAAUAUAAUGAAUUUAUUUUACAUUUUGUUCAGGUUAUAUUGAUUUAUUUAAUAUUUGAGGUUAUAUUAUCUAUUUAACUAAUUCAAAUUAAUAAGUUUUUAAUAUAAUUUUUUAACAAUUAUAAAAAUAAUAUUAGUAGUAUAUUAAUAUAUUUGAUUUUGUGAAGAUGAAUUUUCUAUGUGGCAUUGGUGCAAUAUAUCUAUGAAGAAAUUUAUAUUUUCUAUCAAUAAUGAUUGGUAUAUAAAUACAUAACAGUGAACAUCAUGUCUUCUACAAGAAAUGAGGAAAAAGUUAUUUUAGAAGCAGAUACUGUUUUCUUAUUAAUGAAGAAAGGAUUUCCUAUAUCCCGAAAUGUAAGAGCACAGUGGAUGUUAGAACAUUUAGAUACUGUAAUAAGUAUUCAAUGUUCAAAUUUCAAAACUAAGGAAGCUGCAGAAUUAGAAACUGUAUCUGUGCUACCAAAAAAUAAACCUGAAUCUUGGUCUUCUGAAACAAGUCACCAGUAUCUAUAUAAAGUGACUUCUACAACUUCAAUAAUAUUUUUGGCUCAUAAGUACAGGAUGGUGUUUAAUUUGGACUUAAGUCCAUCUCUUGCAACUGUGGAUAUACAACAUGGUGAAAUAGUCAUAGAUGAAGUAUAUAUAGCAACAAAACAUUUUUUGGAAAGUAUUAUCAAACCUUUUACAAUACCAGGAAGCAAAAGAAUAAUACAACCAGAAAUUUAUGUAACUAUAAUAGUUCAUACGCCUUUUUUUAUAAAUCCUGCACAACAAGUUCUAAUACAAGGUUGGCUAGUAACUGUGGACAAUAUUAAACAACUUACUAAUUUCAUAGAGAGUCAACUUCAUAUAUUAGAAGAGAAGGUGGCUUGUGUUACUUCUGUAGCUAUUCAACAAUUGGAAAAUAUAAAAGCUGAAAGUGAACGUCUAGUCGGGGGACUUUUUGAAGAAAAUAGCACUUGUUUGAACAAAAAUAAUAAUACUUUUGCUGUUAAUACUUCAAUAAUUUCCCCAGAAUCAAGUUUUAUUAAUAUGUUAAGAUACGGAAUGUUAGCUCUUACUUUGCUACCGGAACACAGUUGCGCACAUAUGAUAAUUGUAACAGAUGGUAUUGUUGGAAAUACCGAUGUUCAUGUCUUAGAUUCUGUUAUACAACAAUUACGUGCAACAACAAUCGCAUGCAGUUUUCUACAUGUUGGAAGUACAUAUCAUCCACAUUGUGCUGAUGGCUUAAUUCCAUAUCAAGAUUUAUUACAUUUUAUUGCAAAAGCUACUUUGGGUACUUAUAUGUCUUUUAUUCCGUAUUCUGUACAUAUGAAUGGAACAGAAAUGAAUAUUUAUCACAAAAACUUUUUAUGUUGGCAAUUAUAUCGUAAAGAUUGUAAUCUUAUUAUACCAGAUUAUUCAAAUUGGCAUUCUACAAAUUUAUUAUUUUACGAACAAAAGUCAACACAACUUUUACAAAAAAAACAAAUUGAAGAUAAAGUUACUUGUACAUUAAGCAGUUUAUUAUGUUGUCGACUUCGAGAAGGAUAUUUGAUAAAACGUGCUAAUGUGAGAGAUGAAAUACUUGAAAUUUGUUUUGUAUUAUUGUGGAAAUCCAGUGUUUUACUGGAAUACAUAGUAACAUGUCCUUGGUUAACGAAAUCAUUAUCUGCAUCUAAUACAAUACAAUAUACAAUUUCAAUAGAAGCUCCUUAUGAAUUCUUACAUGAUAUUACAUGUUUAUCAAAAAAACCAUUAAAAUCGCAAUAUCGACAAGGUGUUGUUAAUCGGUUUUGGGCAACUUUAACAUCUCUAACAGAAGGUGACAGUAUGCUUGCACACUUUAGCUGGUUUCCAGAAUUUGGAUGGACAUGGUAUAGUGUACCAGAUACUAUUAGAAGCGGUAUGCCAGUUUUUUAUCUAUCAGCUUAUCCUUCACCUAGUACAGUGCAACUUAGUGAUGCUGCGUGCCCACAAUUUGGACAAAUUUGGCAACCUGUAGUGUCUUUGAAUCCUUUACAAUGGGCUCGAUGGAUGCAUACACAAAGAGUAACAUUGAUUUUAUCACAUGAUAGACCAUUGCCAAGACAUUUACACCAAGCAAAUCAAAGUGGUCGUUUUCAAUGUGUUCAAAGUCGUCAAGCCGCUGCUGUUCUUUAUGCUAUGUUAAAAAAUUGGGCAACUUUCGUUCUCGUUGAAAAUCAUACAUAUGUACAAUUUAUUUAUCGAGAAGCUGAUAAACCUCCAGUUUCGUUCUCAUUAAUUCGUAUUAAUUGCAAAGCACUUUGUGUUAUUCUUAACAUUGCAUUUGCAGCUGGAACAGAAGGAGUUGUUCGACACAAUGUUGUUGUCGAUCUUUUAGAUCGAUUAUCUAAACUUACUUUACCAAAUAGACCUACAGAACAAAAAGAAACACCAUCUUGUACUAUUAUUCAUAAAUCUUUAGAAAAAAUUUUAAUUAGAUAUGAACGAAUGCCAAGUGACUUGAAUUCAAUUAUAUUUCCUGAUGGGACUCAAACUACAUCGAGUAGACUUACGCCAAUGUUAGGUGGUAUUUUGACAACUAGUUUGUCUAGAUAUUUGUACCAUAAUCGUUGGAUUUGGCAUGUGAAACGACCUUUCGUACAAACUAUUCCUGGAAUUAUAUUACCAAGAUUAAAUAUAACUGCAAUCGCAAGAAUUCUUUCUACAAUUACAAAAAUACGUUUAGCUGAGGGCUUCAAUUUUACAUAUUCAGCAGCGGGUAUUAUAAAUAUGGUUCUUGAAGUAGAAAUGCAAGGAGUUGGUGAAAAUGAUACAUCAUAUCCAUGUAUCAUUCAAUAUAUCUUGUUUCCGCCACAUGUUGCCUCCAAUACGACAUUAGAACGUGAUAGUACAUCAGAAGAAGAUACUGACGAAGGUACUGCAGAUGGUGAAGUAAGUGUAGAAGAUGGUGAAGGUUCUGGCGAUUUUCAAAUUAUUUCUGAAAUUUGGAUUGAACCUCAAUGUGGUUAUUGUCAACUACCCGCACAAUCCACAGCAACAUAUUUGCAUCAUUUGCAAUAUUAUGAAAUUCCAGAUGCAAUUACUCGUAUAGACGAAGAAUGCAUCAAUUCUUUAUUAACUUUGGAAUAUUUGAGUUUACUAAGUCAAAUAAUACCAAAUGAAAAAAGUACUGGGAUUAUUUAUGGACAAGUACCUCAUCAUGAUGUUAAACUAUCAAAAAAAUUUAACAAAAAUAUCAAGACUAACAAUAGCAUUGUUGAAGAAUCAUGUGAAGGUCUACCAACUAUUGAUGAAAGGAUAUAUAUGAUGCAUUUUUCUUUUGAUACAUUGAAUAUAUUGCCAAAAUGUCAACAAGCUGAACUUUUAUUUUCAAUGUUUGCUGAUGAUACGAUUGACAAUGACAAAGAGAAAAGAAGUGCAAACAAGAUACUAAUGGACAAUUUUUUAGAACAUAUGAAACAAUUACACAAUAAAGAACUUUUAUUAACUUCAGCUGAAUCACAAAGAUUCACAAAAAUGCUUCUUGAUAGACGUAGAAUUGGUGGUCCUGUUUUACCAUUUUUUUCUCAAAAAGAUAAACUUUCUUCGAAUAUUGAUUCUAAUGCUUAUCCACGUUGGAAAUGUUUUAUCAAAGGAAUUAGCACAACUCAUGUAAUUAUCACUAUUUUACCUGCAUCAGAAAAAGACGUGCGUUUAUUCAUAUCUCCUUUACACAAUGAAGAACAUUUAGAAAGCAAUUUAGAACAAAAUUGUGAAUCUGUUAUAUUUAAUAUGGAUUUAUGCGAAAAUACUAUGUGCUCGAAAGUUUCCACAAUGGACAUUAAUACAACUGAUUGUUCACAAAAUAAUGAAUCGAAAUUACAUGAUCAGUGCAUCGAAAACAAUAUCUCAAACACAGAUGCACAAAAAAAAUUUCAUGAUUCUGAAGAAUCUCUCGUUAUUCCAGUUUACAUAUAUGAUUGUUCGUUGGCUUUGUUAAUUGAUACAUUGGUCGAUAAAUUAAAGAUAUCUCAUAAUAAGGACAUUUAUCAAAAUCAUACGUUCAGAGUUGGUCAACAAAUCUGUAAAGAUUUUGUUGAAUUGAAAUCUGAUUAUAAUUCGAAACCUUCAACCCCAGAACCAAAGAGCGAAGAUUCUGAUAAUACUUCAAGUGAUCAACGAAGCCUUAUGGAGCAUUGUAAGUUAUUAAGUUUGGCUCACUGUCAUUGUUAUGUGGUCGCAGUUUAUAAAUCAUUGGUGUUGCAACAAUCUCUUACAUAUGAUGAUAUGGAAGCAGCAGUAGAACAAUGCGAAGAAACUUUAAUUGAGAUUAAUAUAACAAAUUAUUUGCGAUCUGUAUGUAGGCAUUUAAGCAAAUUGUCGGACAAAAACUUAUUAGACGAAAUAAAUUCUUUGGCAUGUGAUGAAGUUAUACCAUUGCAUAAUUUAAUCAAGGAAAAGUUUGAAAAGAUAAUUACAGUUGCCUUUAGACCUGUACCGGCACAUCCAGAAUUUUAUUUUUGUUGGCCAUCUUGGUCAGAGAAUGAAACGGAUAUUGCAGAAUUUCAAAAAUCGGAUAGUGAUGAUGAAAUACAAAAUCUUAUGUUUCAUUCAAUAAAUAUUGAUACAUCACGAAAUUUUAAUAGAAAAGAAAAUACAACAUGGCCAGUCAGAAAUAUCAACAACAUUUCGAAAAUUUCAAGGCAUGACUCCGUGGAAUCUGUUAAUAGUGAUUUACAACAAAAAACUAUUUACGAAAGAGACCAACCUUUGUUUCUGCAGUUAAGUUGCUCUAUUCGAUUUCAAACUAGAUCUGGUUUUAGCAGUAUUCCCGUAAAAUCUUUACCAACAUGUUUUAUGGAAAUUGUACAAAAGAUGGAAGAUUAUAAAGAAGAAAAUAUAGCUAAUUUAAGUCUACCUGAUUUAAAAAUUACUUUGGAUAUCAUAUGCCUAAAUCUUCCAAGAGAAGUAUUGGAAAUAAAUUUAGAACGAUAUUCUGGUUUAAGAGCAACAUCUUUUUGUAGUGGUUCACCUAUAGGUAGUUUGCGAACAGAAAGUGGAUGUAGUUUAGAAAAUAAUGCUAGAAAUGAAUCAUUUCAAGAAAAAAUGUCGCAUUUACCUUUGAGUCAACAUAAUGCUAUAACCAAUUUAAAAGAUGAAAUUGAAUGGCUUUUACAAGAUGAAACUACAACUGCACUCCUAGAUCAUCCUUUUAUAAAUGAGAAUAUUUUAAAUUUCGUUGCAAAUCAUGUUUCGGAAUCAACAGACAGAUUUAGCUGUAAAGUAGAAAAAGUUCCUUUAUAUUUUGUAUUUUCAUCAGACGAUAGUAAACCUAAAUUUAUAAGUGAAUUAAAAAAACUUCAAAUUGAUAAAUAUUGUAUUCGUCAAGAAGGAAAUUUAUUUUAUUUCAUAAAGGACAUGGAACAGGUAUCGACUGAUAUCGUUUCUGAACAAUUUAGGAAUGGAAGAAAAGAAUCAAAAAUAAAAGAUAAUAGUGUAAUAGAAAACCUAGAAAUAGAAAAGUUACAAGAAAACAUAAACAAUUGUACAAAAAAUAAUCUCAAUGCAGAAUUUAAAUCCAAAGAAUCUUAUUCUAAUAAUUUAACACAUGAGAGAGAAAACACUGAGAAUGAAUGUAAAAGGAAUAUUAUAUCUGAAAAUAAAUUUCAAUGGUUAAUAGAUCUUGAUAACCGUAAAAGUGCUCUACCUAAUUUUUGGUUAAUUUUAAAUGUUGAAAAUGAUUAUGUAAAUGUGUACUUUCAUUGUAGAUUUUUAGAAAUAAUAUCGCCAGAAGUAAAUAGUUAUUGGCAUACUCAAAAAAUGUUAGUUUCUCAAAUAAAAAGUAUUUGUCGUCGAGUGAAUCAAUAUUUACUUCUACAAAAUCUUCACAAAACAAGCAAAUGUUCAGAACUUUUAGAAACAGAAUCAAAUGAAGAUUAUAAUUGGAAAUCAGAGACGAUAAAUGAAUUUAGCAAUGUUGUACAAAAUAGAGAUUCAACGCAAAAUUUUACACCGGGAAUGUUUCGAUGUCGUGUUGUCUGGAAAUUUACCUUUCAGCUGCACCCUCGAUUAAAAACUGGUCCAGGGAGAUCAGGACUUUCUCGUGGUAUAAAAGCUCUACACGGAGUACUUAAUAGAUUUGCUGUUAGUAAUAGAAAUAACAUGUUUGUAUAUCAAGAGAAUAAUAAAAAUGUGUUUUACUUAAGAUUACAUGAACAAAUUAGCGAUGGAAAAACUUUACAAAAUAAAUUAUCGGAAAGCGAUGAACAACUUGUUGUUUCUCGAAGCAAUAGUGUAGUUUCAUUAUCACAAGUUAAGUUAAAUGAUAAUUCCACAUCAAAUGACACAAGGCCUAGAGUUCGAUCUUUUAGUGAGAAAGAAUCAAAUGUUUUAAAUAAAACUGAAGAUUCAAUCAUCUUAAUGGUACAUGGAAUCUCUGACGCGGGACCGGAAGUUAAACGUGAUUUGGUACAAGUUUUGCAAAAUCGUUUAGAUGACGCAGUUUUAGAAGUUUUAUCUAUCAUGUUAGCAAGAAAUCCAAUGUGUAAAUUAACACCUGCUGAUGUGCAUUUUAUUCAGCCACCAAAGCCUCCAGAGUCUAUUAUACGGUUAAAUGUACAAAAACAUUGUUUAUUAUAUAUAACUGCUUUAGAAUUUUAUUUGCGUCAAAAUAUUCUUCAGUUUUUAUAUAUACCAAAAUAUACCGAUAACAGAGUAGAAUAUCAUUUUCAAGAUUAUUCACAACUCGAAGGAUCUAUUAAAAGAAUUUCUGAAUCAGACAUUUUUCUGUAUAAUCAAAGUCAUUCUACUGGAAGUAAAGGUAUUGCUUGUAUUGCUUUAGCAAUUACAGGAGAAUAUGUUGAUUCUACUAAAUUAAACGAAUUUUCAAAAAUUAAUUUUCCUGAAACAAUAAAUAUAGAAGAUUUUAAAAGUAUUGUAUCAACAUCAAUUCAUGAUAAAAAUUCUACAGAAUUAUUACCUUUAAUCGAAUUUAAAAUUUGGAAACAAGGUCGAGUUAAUCUUGAAUCUUUAUUACAAAAAAAAUUAUGUUCUGCAGUUAAACAUGCAAUUUGGGAUUUAGUUACGGAAUAUAAAUUUUUAUCAACAUCUUUAACAGAACCAUUUACAAAAAAUAUUCAAGAGACAUAUAUUGAAACUAAAGAAAAUCAAACUUCAAUGAAAAUUGAACCAAAAAUAACACACGAUGUAAUAAUUGAUCAAUUUGAAACAGGUGAAGAUGGAAAAUUACAUAGUAUUUAUUGCGUAACAUUAUCGCAAUGGUUUCAAUUUGCUUUAGAAAUUGGAGUUCCAUCGGUAAAAAAGCAUGAAAUAAUUCUUAAUCACAGACAUCCCAUAUCUACAAUUAUUACAGAAUUGGAGACUCUCAUACAAAGUCAAGCACCAGAUACUUCUAGUAGAGCUUUUGUCUUAAAAGAUAGACAACCAUUCAUUGAAAAACGUAUUUUAAAUGAAGAAUUAUUAACUACAUUAAAAAAAAAUAAAUAUCCUGUGUUAGAAAGCGAAGAAAAAUCAAAUUUACCUCUUUAUAUACCAUGUGAUUUUAAUAAGGAUGUACAAGGAACUUAUACUAAAUGUAUUUUAAUAGCUAGAAAUUUUCAUCAAUGGAAAGCUUCAAUUAGUAAAACAGUACAAUCAGAAUUACUUAUUCCGAAAGAUCAAAAACUUUUACAAAAAUUUAAUCCUUUGAUAUUGGAUAAUACUAAUUUCGUAUCAAGACAACGAAUAUUACUCGCUGAAGUCCAAAGUGAUAAUAUUACUCUUUACAUGUAUAAUUGGUCGAAAGAGAAGUCUGAAAAAUUAAUAAAACAAGCCACGAAUUUGGGUACAUGGCUUUCAUCAAGGUCAAAUUUUUUUACAAAUGUAAUAAUGCAAAAAUUAGGAAUAUUUUAUCAUCGACCAAGUUUUUCAAGAGAACAUGCUAAUUCACAAUAUCUUCAAAUUAUGGAUAUGGAAAGUCUUACAAAAUUUUCUGCUGUAUCAUAUAAUGAUGGGAAAGAUUGGUCGAAAUUGAAUACUAGAUCACAAAACAUAAAGCAUAAUCAGUUUUCGUGGAACGAAGUAAUUGGUCAAACAAUGCGUGAUGUAAAACCUAAUAACAUUUUUCAUAGCAGUAUAGAUCCAACAGUGAAGGCAGUUUGCGAUUUGCAAGACUUACGAUCUCGCGAAAAAAAAAUAAAAGAAGAUUUGAAUAAAUUAUAUACAAUGUGGCAAAAUCGUAGUGCUACCCCAAACAUUCCAAUUUCAAUUACUGCUUUAAAUACUUUCAAACAAUAUUCUCGUUUAAUACAUUUUUGUCACACGCCGUUAUUAUUUUUACCUUCAUGGCGUUUACAAUCUGCUGCUACAAGAGAUCAUUCCCUUACAACGCAAUCAACUUUAAACGCAGAAAUUAAUAUAUAUCAACAAUUAUCUCAGCAAAUACAAAAAAGCCAAGAUGACCAAACAGAUAUUAUUAGAUGGCAUAAGGAAUUAUGCAGUUUAAUGUUAUCUGAAUAUAACAAUAUCUUCAUUCAUUAGGUUUUACUUCUGUACAAAUAGAAUCAUCCGAUAAAAGUUUUGAAGAACAAAUUCAGCAACAAUCUUAUUAUCUUUAAAAAAAUCAAUGCUUGGGGGGAGUAUUACUAUUUGAAAUUCAUUUAUCGCAACCUUUCUUUAUUGUUAAAUUACAUAUUAUUGAAUGCAGUCGACUACAGACAAAAGCAAGUAGUGCUCUAGUGAAUCAAUUUAUGCUAAGUUUUGUGGAUGCAUGUGACAAAAUCAAAAUUAAUAUGCAUCUACAUUCAUUUACAUAUGAUUUUCAUUUACGUUGUAUCCAUUCGUAUAUAGCUGGGACUGGACCUUGGUUAGUACAACAAGGUUAUCAUCUCAUUCAUUUUCUUGAUGAUUUUAACAAAUAUUAUAGCAAAGCUCCAAAUUAUGCAAGAAAUCUUAUAUACAGUGAUGUAAUAACUAUUCGCAAUUUAGCAAUAUCCGGUCGGAAUUUAUAUUCUUAUUUAUUAUCUCAUGAAAAGAUUUAUAACAUGCGUGUAUUUAUAAUGAAAAAUGAUCUUGAUGAUUCUGAAGAAAGUGAAUAUGUUUUAGUAAGCUUAAAAAGUACUCCUUUAAUUAGUUACUGUGACGCACAAGAUACAAAAUAUGCUGAUGAUUUUGAUGUUGUUCUUAUUGUAUCACAUUUAGAACAAUCUUCACAAAUAGAAAAAACAGAAAUUACUUUAAAA